AUGUCUCCGUUCAAAGUCCGCAGAGUGUUGGAUUGCAUCCGCGGUAAAUCUUACGAAGAGUGCUUGAUCAUGUUGGAAUUUAUGCCGUACAGAGCGUGCGAACCGAUUUUAUCGGCGUUGUUCUCCGCCGCGAGCAACGCGAAGAACAACUUGGGCAUGAACAAGGCGAAGUUGUACGUUUCGGAGUGCUACGCGGAUGGCGCGGGGACCAUGAAGAGAUUCCACCCGAGAGCUCAAGGUAGACCGUUCCCGAUCAGAAAGAGAACGUGCUCGAUUACUUUGAAGAUGAAGGAGCAAGAUUAA